UAUCUGCACUUUGGUGAGAUGGUUGCCUAAGGAUCCCAUAAGAUGGGGGGAGGGAGUUAAAGAGGAGGGAGCUUUUUCUCCAAGGGAGAGCUCUAGGAUUACUCAGGAACUUGGCAAGGUUGCCAGCAGCACGUUUUUUGCUUUGAACAAAGGAACUUAUUCAGUGUGACCAUUCUGGGAAUUUUAAUCCCAAAUUGUAGAAACUUUAUCCUUUUGGAGACCCAUUUCCUAUGGGAUUCCUAUGGGCAGAUGGGCUUCUCCAAAGGCCAGGCAGGAUCCACCAAAACGCCCCCCCCCCAUGCAAGCCCCAUUAACAUGGAUGGGUGCUGCCCCAGCCCCAUAUAUUUUUCUAGAGCCUUGUAUUAAUCAUCCGGAAAGCUUAUAGUCUGAGAAAAGUAAACCUUGCCUGUUUCUCAAAUGGAAAGGGUGAAGAGGCUGGCCCCCCUUCUUUGAGGAAGGGAAGGGCAAAGGAACCGAGGAGAAGUUCCUCUCACCUGUGUUCCUCCUGGACAGAGAGCAGGCUUGGAAAUCCAUCCCUGCACUUCAAGCGCCCUGAGGGUGACGGUGCUAUUGAGUUGAAUCAACUGAUGGGAAAGGAGCACCUUCUGAAUCAGCUCUUCCCAUCAAUGGCGCUCUGAUGCGUUCUGUGGCGAAGAGAAGGAAACCCACUAGCAAGCACAUGCUUCAAUGAGCUGCACCAGAAAGACCUAGGCCGGCAGCUCUUCCCUGGUCCUGGACGCUAUGGAAGAUCACCCUGGCUAGUCUAGUCUGUAGGAUGGUAACACAUAGUAGUGUGACGCCUGAGAAUGCGAUCACAAGAGAGCUGAGGUGUCGACGUGAGCCUCCUGUGAGAGAUCCUACGCAGCCCCGGAUUCCCCACGGCCCUGGCCGGGCCAACACCGUGCAAUCACCCCGGGACACCCACUUUCAUACCUUUCGUUCGCAGGCAGACUUCAGCAGCAUCAUCCGUACCAGCACUUUGCUGGACACGUGCGGUUUUUACUGGGGACCUCUGUCCGUCACUGCCGCUCAUGAGAAGCUCAAAGGAGAGCCGGAGGGAACCUUCCUCAUCCGCGACAGCCGACAGAAGAACUGCUUCUUUACCAUCAGCGUUAAGACUGCCACGGAGCCCACCAGCAUCCGGGUCAUCUUCCAGGCAGGCCAUUUCAGCCUGGAUGGCAGCAAGGAGACCUUUGACUGUCUCUUCAAGCUGCUGGAGCAUUAUGUUAGCUCCCCAAGAAAGGUACUGGUCACCCCGCUACGCAAGGAGCGGAUGCGGUCCUUGCAGGAACUCUGCCGCAAAAACAUUGUGGAGACAGUUGGGAGAGACAACCUAAGCCAGAUCCCGCUCAAUCCGGUCUUAAAGGAUUACCUGAAAUCUUUUCCUUUUAAGUUGUGAACACUCCGCAUUACGUUGGUGUGCAGGAACGGGAGAAGGUGUGCACGGAAUCCCAGCCAGGGGAGUUCUAUAACAGUGUACAGCCCCAGACACCAGGUGGAAAAGAUGGGUUUUUGCUGGAGGAUUUUGGUCAGUGGGGAUUGGCUGCUUUGGAGCAUGAUGGGGUGCAUGGCGAUUUGUUGUGCGAAGUUGCCUUGGGGUGCGCACGCACGGAAUUUGGUGGACAGCAAGAAAUCCAGAAAGAAAUCUGAUCCCAGGAUUUGUAUAAACUUUAUAGAGACAAUGAGCAAACUCAUCUUUGUAGCAGUUCUACUGUAUUUGGGGGUGGAGUGCAAAAACUUCAGUUCUCAUGUUUACACAAUGGAAAAACUGUUUGCACAAAUUGAGGCUCUCCUCCGAGACCUCGAUAGUAUUCUUUCUGCUAGGCAGAAUAUUUUGUUAUUUUAUAUCUAUUUUUUAAACAAGGUGAUAAUAAACCUUAAUGUAAUUUUUUUUAACAAAA